AACAGCAGCAGCAAGAUACAUAACCAAGUGCAAUACACACUGUCCUUGUAGCUAGCAGCGAUGUCGACGGUGAGUUCCUACUCCCUCCUGAGCCGGGCGCCGCCGCCGGGAAACUUCUCUCGCGCGCUCAUGCAACCCGGCAAACAGGCGGCGGCUGUGGCUCUCCCUUGGGUCCCAAGCAAGCAUUCCCGGGCGCCUCUCUCGGCCGUAUUCUGUACCCAGAAUAAGCACACGUACGACAUCCAACCCUUAGCCCUGGUGCACCCCAAGUUCCCUCCCACAUCGGACAAGAAAUGGAGGAUCACGGAAGACGCGGAUCACAUCAAUCUGUGGUUGUACGUCGGGGAUAAUACGGGAAAGGAUAAGCUGGAGGUCGCAACGGAGGGCGAGGUGCUCCUGAUCAGGUACAAGGGCAGCAGCAACGAAGACAACCCGGCGAGUCUGCUGGACGUCCGGCUGCUUAUGCCCCACGGCUACGACGGUAAGAAGGUGGAGGCCGACCUCGCGUUUGGGUCGCUGCUGGUGACCGUAAGCAAACCCAAGCACGAGCCCAAUAAGAUACCUAUCGGCGAUAAGCCGACGACGACCAACUGAUCCAUCAUCUCUGGUUUUGUCUCUCUGUGCUAGAUCAAUAAAGAUGCAUCGCUAAUCGCAUGUCCUCCCUACUUUCUGUACAAUCAGUAUGAAUGCGCUUCUCGGCUCCUGUGGUGUGCCAAUGUGCGUACAUCGGUACGUGUAACCUGUACGGUCACGACAAUCAAUAAAUUGAUCUUGCAGUUUGAUGUU